GGCGGCGGCGGCAACAUGGCCUCAGCUGUUAACAUUGCGGAGCCUGAGAGCGGCGGCGGCGGCGGCGGCGGAGGAGGCUGCAGCAGAGACCCCGGUCUGCCUGGGGGGAACGGCAGCAGGAGGCGGAGAAGGACCGGGGGGAGCCGACGUGCCGGGGCACCAGACCUGGAGUAUCUGCAGCGGCCGAGCUACUGCGAUGCGGCUUUCGCGUUGGAGCAGAUUGCUAAGGGGAAGGCUACCGGCAGGAAAGCGCCGCUGUGGCUGAGAGCGAAGUUUCAGAGACUAUUAUUUAAACUGGGUUGUUACAUUCAAAAAAACUGCGGCAAGUUUUUGGUUGUGGGCCUCCUUAUAUUUGGGGCUUUCGCUGUAGGAUUAAAGGCAGCUAAUCUUGAAACCAACGUGGAAGAGCUUUGGGUAGAAGUUGGUGGACGAGUAAGCCGGGAGUUAAAUUACACACGUCAGAAGAUUGGAGAAGAGGCUAUGUUUAAUCCUCAGCUCAUGAUCCAGACACCACGAGAAGAUGGUGCCAAUGUCCUUACAGUAGAGGCACUCAAACAGCACCUUGACUCUGCAUUACAGGCCAGCAGGGUACAUGUAUAUAUGUAUAACAGACAGUGGAAAUUGGAACACUUAUGUUACAAAUCAGGAGAACUUAUCACAGAAACAGGUUAUAUGGAUCAGAUAAUAGAAUACCUUUAUCCUUGCUUAAUCAUCACACCUUUGGACUGCUUCUGGGAAGGGGCAAAGUUACAAUCAGGGACAGCAUAUCUAUUAGGUAAACCUCCUUUGCAGUGGACAAACUUUGACCCCUUGGAAUUCCUAGAAGAGUUAAAGAAAAUAAACUAUCAAGUGGACAGCUGGGAGGAAAUGCUGAAUAAAGCAGAGGUUGGUCAUGGUUAUAUGGAUCGACCCUGCCUCAAUCCUGCUGAUCCUGACUGCCCAGUCACAGCCCCUAACAAAAACUCAACCAGACCUCUUGAUGUGGCCCUUGUUUUGAAUGGUGGAUGUCAUGGAUUAUCCAGAAAGUACAUGCACUGGCAGGAGGAGUUGAUUGUGGGUGGUACGGUCAAGAACAGCACUGGGAAACUCGUCAGUGCUCAGGCUUUGCAGACUAUGUUUCAACUAAUGACUCCCAAGCAAAUGUAUGAACACUUCAAGGGCUAUGAAUAUGUUUCACAUAUAAACUGGAAUGAAGACAAGGCAGCAGCAAUUCUGGAGGCCUGGCAGAGAAUGUAUGUUGAGGUGGUUCAUCAGAGUGUUGCACAAAACUCUACGCAGAAGGUGCUUUCUUUUACUACGACUACUCUGGAUGACAUCCUGAAAUCCUUCUCAGACGUCAGUGUUAUCCGAGUUGCUAGUGGCUACUUAUUAAUGCUCGCCUAUGCCUGUUUGACUAUGCUCCGGUGGGACUGUGCCAAAUCCCAGGGUGCUGUGGGACUGGCUGGAGUCUUGUUGGUUGCACUGUCAGUAGCUGCGGGAUUGGGCCUGUGCUCAUUGAUUGGAAUUUCCUUUAAUGCUGCAACAACUCAGGUUUUGCCUUUUCUUGCUCUUGGAGUCGGUGUGGAUGAUGUUUUCCUUUUGGCACACGCAUUCAGCGAAACAGGGCAAAAUAAGAGAAUCCCUUUUGAGGACAGGACAGGGGAAUGUUUGAAGCGAACUGGAGCCAGUGUGGCCCUCACCUCGAUCAGUAAUGUCACAGCCUUUUUUAUGGCAGCUUUAAUUCCUAUUCCUGCUCUUCGGGCAUUUUCACUCCAGGCUGCUAUAGUUGUGGUAUUUAAUUUUGCCAUGGUUCUGCUCAUUUUCCCUGCUAUUCUAAGUAUGGACCUGUAUAGACGAGAAGACAGGAGGUUGGAUAUCUUCUGCUGUUUUACAAGUCCUUGUGUCAGCAGAGUGAUUCAGGUUGAACCUCAGGCCUACACAGAUACCCAUGACAACACCCGUUACAGCCCUCCCCCUCCGUACAGCAGUCACAGCUUUGCCCAUGAAACUCAAAUCACCAUGCAGUCCACGGUUCAGUUGCGCACUGAAUAUGACCCUCACACCCAGGUGUAUUAUACCACCGCAGAACCUCGCUCUGAGAUCUCUGUCCAGCCUGUCACCAUGACCCAGGAUAACCUCAGCUGCCAUAGUCCAGAAAGUACAAGCUCAACAAGAGAUUUGCUGUCUCAGUUCUCAGACUCAAAUCUUCAUUGCCUGGAGCCACCUUGUACUAAGUGGACCCUAUCAUCUUUUGCUGAGAAGCAUUAUGCGCCAUUCCUCUUGAAACCAAAAGCCAAGGUUGUGGUUAUCUUCCUUUUUCUGGGUUUGUUAGGGGUCAGCCUUUAUGGAACCACCCGAGUGAGAGAUGGGCUGGAUCUGACUGACAUUGUGCCACGAGAAACCCGAGAGUAUGACUUUAUCGCAGCUCAGUUCAAAUAUUUCUCUUUCUACAACAUGUACAUAGUCACACAGAAAGCAGACUACCCACAUAUCCAGCACUUACUUUAUGAUCUUCACAAAAGUUUCAGCAGUGUGAAGUAUGUCAUGUUGGAAGAAAACAAACAGCUCCCUAAAAUGUGGUUACACUACUUUCGAGAUUGGCUACAAGGACUACAGGAUGCAUUUGACAGUGAUUGGGAAAGUGGCAAGAUCAUGCAGAAUAAUUAUAAAAAUGGUUCAGAUGAUGGGGUGCUGGCGUACAAACUCCUGGUGCAAACUGGCAGCCGAGAUAAGCCCAUUGACAUCAGCCAGUUGACCAAACAGCGUCUGGUGGAUGCAGAUGGCAUCAUUAACCCAAAUGCUUUCUAUAUCUACCUGACGGCUUGGGUCAGUAAUGACCCGGUUGCAUAUGCUGCCUCUCAGGCCAACAUUCGACCUCACCGUCCUGAAUGGGUCCAUGACAAAGCAGACUACAUGCCAGACACCAGGCUGAGAAUCCCCCCAGCAGAGCCUAUCGAAUAUGCUCAGUUUCCUUUCUACCUCAAUGGGUUACGUGACACUUCAGACUUUGUAGAAGCUAUUGAGAAAGUGAGAACAAUUUGCAAUAAUUACACGAGCCUGGGAGUCUCCAGCUACCCAAAUGGAUACCCAUUUCUUUUCUGGGAGCAGUACAUCGGCCUUCGGCACUGGCUUCUCUUGUCCAUUAGUGUGGUCUUGGCCUGCACGUUUCUGGUGUGCGCAGUCUUCCUUCUGAACCCCUGGACGGCAGGGAUCAUUGUGAUGGUCCUGGCGCUAAUGACAGUGGAGCUUUUUGGCAUGAUGGGCCUGAUUGGAAUCAAGCUGAGUGCUGUCCCCGUGGUUAUCUUGAUUGCCUCUGUCGGCAUCGGGGUGGAAUUUACUGUCCAUGUUGCCUUGGCCUUCCUGACUGCCAUUGGAGAUAAGAAUCGAAGGGCUGUGCUUGCGUUGGAACAUAUGUUUGCCCCAGUUCUAGAUGGGGCAGUGUCCACUCUGCUAGGGGUGCUGAUGCUCGCAGGAUCUGAGUUUGAUUUCAUUGUCAGGUAUUUCUUUGCAGUUCUGGCAAUCUUAACAAUCCUGGGUGUUCUGAAUGGAUUGGUAUUACUUCCGGUACUUUUGUCAUUCUUUGGACCCUAUCCUGAGGUUACUCCAGCUAAUGGGUUAAAUCGACUACCCACUCCCUCCCCUGAGCCACCCCCUAGCAUUGUCAGGUUUGCAGUGCCCCCAAGACACACAAACAAUGGAUCUGAUUCCUCUGACUCAGAGUACAGUUCUCAGACAACAGUGUCCGGCAUCAGUGAAGAGCUUUAUCAGUACGAGACUCAGCAAAGUUCAUGUGCCCCAGCUCACCAAGUAAUAGUGGAAGCCACAGAAAACCCUGUCUUUGCCAGAUCCACUGUGGUUCAGGCAGAGCCAAGACGUCAUCAUCCGUCAAGCCCAAGACAACAACAGCUCCACUUGGAUGCUGGACCCCAUCAACCUGGGCACCAGGGCCAGCAGCCACAGCGGGACUCCAGGGAAGGACUGCGACCACCCCCUUACAGGCCGCGAAGGAACGCUUUUGAAAUUUCUACUGAAGGGCAUUCUGGACCUAGCAAUAGAGACCGAAUGGGCCACCGAGGAGCCCGUUUUCAUAAUCCUCGGAACCCAGCAUUCACUGCCAUGGGCACUUCUGUGCCAGGAUAUUGCCAACCUAUCACUACUGUGACCGCUUCCGCUUCAGUGACAGUGGCCGUGCACCCUCCCCCUGUGCAUGGCCGGAACCCUUGGGGAGGAAGCUGCCCAUCCCAUGAAACUGACCAUGGGGUGUUUGAGGACCCCCAUGUGCCUUUUAAUGUAAGAUGUGAGAGGAGAAACUCUAAAAUAGAAGUCAUAGAGCUGCAAGAUGUUGAGUGUGAAGAGAGGGCAAGGGGAGACAGCUCCAACUAAGGAUAAGAAAAGCUGAAGCAAAGAGGCCAAAGAUGGGGAACCCCCCUCUUUCCAGAACUGCUUGAAGAGAACUGCUUGGAG